CUUUUAUUUCUGUUCCCAGCAUCCAUCAUCUCUGUUUUUCCAACUUCAUCACCAAUGUCAUGACGUUUCGAUGUUAUGCCCAUGCAGACAACACACGCGAGUACAUCAUGACUAGCGAUGCCAAGCGCAUCAAUUCAUAUGACUUUAUGCUAAUUUUUAUCUGUCUGGGAUUAGUUUACGCUUUGGGGACAACAAAGACUUGCUAUGCUGUGGUUUCAUUAUUGAUUUUGUUCCGGAUUGCUUUCAAGCUGUUGUUUAUGGUGACAGAAGAAACGAUUUUGGUGAUUCGAGAUGUAGGGGUCCAGGUGAAGACGGUUUACUUGGGAGGCAGGAGUUCAUCUAGAUUCAUUGAUCGAUCCAAGAUCACGGAUAUCAUCAUCAAUGAGGCGAUUACUAUGAUGCAUAUCCGAGUGUACAUGGCAAUCAUUGUCGAAGGUGAAGAUAGGAUGGUAGUUGUAUUCCAGCACCUGUUACCAAGACUGAAUGUUCUGUUGCAAGCAUAUCAUGGUGCAAGAUCAAUCAUCUUCAACGAAAAGGAUAAUUCGGACGUGCCACUAGAAUUUUCAUAAGAGAAAUUAUCGCGUUUUUGUGUUGCAAAUUUUCAUCAGCCACACUCCCUGAUCAAGUUUCUCAACGUGCACAAUGCCGUUACCAUCGCUCACUCUUUGACAUCAUUUCUUCAUUUGGAUCUUCUAUCCUAUUAUCCUGAACAAAUAUUCAUUAUCCUCUUUUGUAACUUUGACAAUAUAGUACAAAAGCACUAUCGAACAACAACAACAAAAAAAAAAAAAAAAAAAAA